AUGUCAUGGAGUCUUGUAAACAGCGUUGGGAAACAUGUCGAGAGGGAUCAGACGAGAUCAAUUCAGUCGCGGCAUGAUGGGCUCUUUGAUUAUGCUCUUCCCUACCUGCGGGCAUCAACAGCAAGCGAUGUUCUGGUCUAUGUCGGCGACCGAUACACCAUUGCCUCACGAUAUGUCUUCAGAAGAUAUAUAUUGCCAUGGGAAAGCCUAGAAAACAUGACUCGUGGAGGCUUCCUUAUAGAGGUUCAUUCCGUGUCAACCCACUCUACUCGCUUCAUGACAUGGCUCAUCGUAACCUUGCUACGAAAUUCUGCCCUUACUGUAUUGGUCCCUCCAUGGCAUGAUCCUGGGUCUGGCAAAGGGUGCUGUGAGGAUUGUCCUUGUGAUGCGGCCAAUGCAGUCUCACCUGAUCCUGAGGAGGUCAUGUCGAUGGCUUUUGAAGAUGUGAAAAUGCAUGCCCUGCUCCUUCAUCAUAACCUGUCCGAUUCAGAUCCACUUCCGCAGGUGGCCAAGAUUACCACCUAUCUGUCGGAUUAUGUCAAUUAUAUCAUGCGUUCUGGGGUCCUUCAGCCACCUAUUGCAGCUGGCAUCAUCAACAACAUUGGUGCACUCCAAGAUAUGUUAACCCACCUUGGACGAAUUUUCCAAAUCUUUGACAACUUCAAAUACCUGACGAUCCCUGGAACGGCAUUUUUGUCCUUCCUUCUACUCAGUUUCCUCGAGAUUGGCCAGGAAAUUGAGAAUCCAUUCAAUUACGAUCUCAAUGACCUAGUCCUCGACGUGUUUUGCCUGUCUAUACAGCGAAAACUUCAAUAA